AUGGGCCAGCUGGUGCAGCUGGUCGGAGGACUUGCUGCACGUAUAGAGGAGAAGUCCGGCGGUGCCACGGAGGGCGCCGCUGAAAGCGGCGGCGCCGUGGAGAGCGUCGCCACAAGCACUGCAGGUCAUUUUGGGACCGUGCAGUACGACGGGAGCGCGCAGGCAGCGGACCUGCGAAGAGAGUCUGGUCCUUCGGGACGACACAGCGGCGAAGUAGGGGGUUCAGACCCCCAAGAGGUGAGAGUAGCCGCUGCUCACAAUCAAGCUUGUUUCAGCAGCGCCAUGGGAAGUGGUGCUGCUGUCUUCGGUAGUGCGAGCGUGGGAUACCAAAGCGUGAAGUACACAGCGCCCACGUUCAGCGGAGACGCCAAGAGCUUUUCUUCGUGGCUAGAGGAUUUUUUGAUGGCAGCGAACACAGCAAACCUUCUUGAGCUUUUCGAGGAGGGGGGGGCGGAGAUCCCCGUAAACAGUGGGCAGAGCAAAGUCCAACUGUCCAGGUUUUACCCGCACGACAAAGUAGAGCUCACUUUCCACGCGUGGAAUUUCCUCCGUGGAGCUCUCAAGGACGAGAAAGACAGGACAA